CGGAGUGCACCCGGCGACAGGAAGGACGCUGCGCGCGAGGGCGGGGGAAGAGAGGAGCAGAGCUUCGGGCCAACAUGGCGGCGGUGAUGGCGGAUGCAGCAGCGAGCAGGACGCCGGCGGCCGCUGAGGAGGAAGACGGGGGCUUCGGGGACGGAGAGCGGCUGGAUUUCCUCAAAGAGAGGCACGUCCGCUUCUUCCAGCGCUGCCUUCAGAUUCUGCCGGAGCGGUAUUCGUCCCUGGAGACCAGCAGGUUAACAGUUGCCUUUUUUGCACUUUCUGGUCUGGAUAUGUUGGAUUCCUUAGAUCUGGUGAACAAAGAAGAUAUAAUAGAGUGGAUUUAUUCUCUGCAGGUCCUUCCGACAGAAGAUAGAUCCAACAUGCAUCGCUGUGGAUUCCGUGGUUCUUCAUAUUUAGGAAUGCCAUUCAAUCCAUCGAAGGGGCCUGGUGUUUCUCAUCCCUAUGAUAGUGGGCACAUAGCAAUGACUUACACUGGCCUUUGCUGCUUAGUUAUUCUUGGCGAUGACUUAAGCCGAGUAAAUAAAGAAGCCUGCUUGGCAGGACUCAGAGCACUCCAGCUGGAAGAUGGAAGUUUUUGUGCGGUCCUUGAAGGAAGUGAAAAUGACAUGAGAUUUAUAUACUGCGCUGCUUGUAUAUGCUACAUGCUGAAUGACUGGUCAGGGAUGGAUACGAAGAAAGCCAUAGAUUAUAUUAGAAGAAGCAUGUCCUAUGAUAAUGGACUUGCCCAAGGAGCUGGACUUGAAUCUCAUGGUGGCUCUACAUUUUGUGGUAUUGCAUCAUUGUGCCUGAUGGGUAAACUUGAGGAAGUCUUCUCUGAGAAGGAACUUGACAGGAUAAGGAGAUGGUGCAUCAUGAGGCAACAAAAUGGCUAUCAUGGUCGGCCAAACAAACCUGUGGAUACAUGUUACUCAUUUUGGGUUGGAGCAACUCUUAAGCUUCUGAAAAUAUUUCAGUAUACAAAUUAUGAAAAGAACAGAAAUUAUAUUUUAUCAACCCAAGAUCGCCUUGUUGGUGGAUUUGCUAAAUGGCCAGAUAGUCAUCCAGAUGCUCUUCAUGCCUACUUUGGGAUCUGUGGCCUGUCAUUAAUGGAUGAGUCUGGUAUUCGCAAGGUUCACCCUGCCCUGAAUGUAAGCACAAGGACCUCAGAGCGCCUUCAGCACCUUCAUCAGACCUGGACAACUAAAGACUCUAAAUACUGUUCAGAGGAGCUACCCAGUGCCACAUGACUGACUGACACACCAGUUGAGCUUGGUAGCAUUAUUGUAGCCCAAGGUUAAAAGCCAUGUAUAACCAAUGUGCUCUUUUCUAAAGCGCUGGACUCAUACAAUCAGAUUCAUGUUACUGUCAGCAUUUUGACAGCAAAUGGCCUUCAGUCGAUUCUGGAUUGGGAGUGAAAAGAAAUAGCUUCCCACUCUCGGCAGAUUAACAAACUCGGUUUCAGAGAAUCCCUUCCAAGCAAAAUUAAUCAUGUAGUUCUAUUGUAUUACCUUAAACAGUGCAAUGGUGGAGUGUAACAAUAGUAAAAAAGCUCUUCAAAAUGUAUUUACAUAUUUUCAUACUUAGUCGCUUGAAUCUAGAGACACCUAUUUGACAUAUACUUCAUAUAAAAUCUUAUAAAUUAAAUCUUGAUUGCUAAAAGGUGUUCUUCUAAAUUAGAAAAGUCUAUAACCUUUGUAAAAAAAUAAAAUUAUUUUAUUGAUUCUAUACUGAA